AUUGGUUGCUUUUUAUUCAUUGACUCAAUAAUAGAUUGAAUGUUAGACUCAGUCAUACAUUGAAUGAAUUACUCAAUCAUUUAGUUUGUAUUUCAUUGACGACAAGCAAUCGUUACAUUGAUUUCAAUCUUUGCAAACAUUAAUACAUUAAUUGUUUUAUUAAUUUAUAUAAACAAUGGCUUCGGCUUCGGGAGAGACUAUUGAUGACUCUUUGGCUCAGUUAGAGGCAAAUGAAGAACGAAUGGCCAAAGAAAACAAGAUUAAGAUUAAGUUGAAAUCCAAUGAGGGAGGAGUGGUUGAGUGUGGACUGACCGCAGCAAAGAUGUCGGUUCUGGUGAAGAAUAUGUUGGAAACGAUUGUUGAUCCGCAAAAACCAUUGGAAGAGUUGGCUAAUCAGGAACCGACACCACUUAACAAUGAAGCCGUGACCGAUGCGGCUCUUAAGAAAAUAGUUGAAUGGUGUGAAUAUCAUUGGGACGAUCCUCCCAUUGAUGAGGAUUUCGAGGAAGAAAAGGAUCGACGCAAUGAAGAGUUGUCUCAUUGGGACAAACAGUUCAUUGAUAUCCCAGAUCAGGGGGAUCUGUUUGAUAUCAUAGCUGCCGCUAAUUUUUUGGACAUAAAAGGUUUGGUCGAAGUCGGCGCUAAACACAUCUGUUCUAAGAUCAAGGGUAAGACAUGUGCUGAAGUCAGAGAUAUGCUGAAGAUUACCAACGACUUCACGCCUGAAGAAGAAGAGGCCAUUCAUAAGGAAAAUGAAUGGAUUUAUGCUAAGGAUUAGACAUUACAUUUAAUUUCAAACAUUUAAUUUUAUUUCUCAUAAUAUUGGAUAUAAAUAUCAACUUUCUAUGUAAAAAUGUUUUUCAGUUAAUAAAUAAAUAAAACUUCAA